UCUCAGUUACGCCAGGAUGGGUUUCACUCUUACGAUCAGAUCUUGGUAGUGCAAUUUGUGGCUCACAAUUUGAGUCCACCAGUGAGUUACUAACUGCCUGUGUACUGCUUACAGCUUUUUUCUUUUCGUUUCGUUUCCUACGUACCGUAAUCCAUUUUUCAUCCCUCAUAACACUGGGACUAUUUGGAGUGGUGACUGUUUUAUCCAGAUCUAAGGUUCCUACUAAAGGUGCAUUAUUAACAAUGUCAGUACUAGGUGGUACUACUCCCCCUGUUAAUAUCAACGAAGAUUUCACUUUUACGUCGGUCACAGUCGGUUUUUUGAGGCGUCGCGUAACAACACUGACACAUUCGUCACUGUCAGUGCCCGUGUUGUCGGUGCAUAUGCCAUCAUUCUUCUUACAGGCCAAAGCCAAUAGGCUCAUAGCCUCCUGUAUUAGCAAUGCCUUGUUGGCACAGCAAAACAUGCAAAGCCAAUGUGAGUUAGGCUUCGAACAUCUUUUAUAUGCAAUAGGACUUAAACGGGUGCACAUUUUGUGGAACCAUUUAUUGCAUUCGUCACACUGCAUUCCCUCCUCCACAGGGAACAAACAGUUUGGUUGUCCACAUUUGUGGGUACUACCAACCAUUUUAGUCUGAUUUAGGUGUAAUACACAAUAUGAUCACAGUAUGGACCACAAGACAAACUCUAGCAAGAUGUCAAACCUUAACUAAAGUACUUUGAUACAGACCAAGAAUGCUUUCGAAUGUGAUAAAUACACAAAAGCCAAAAAAACUCAGUAAAAUAUCACCUUAACUGGAGUAGAUUCAAUUAAAGUGUAAAUCGUAGUUUUGAUACGUAAUUUACGAUCAAAACAGUUUAAAAAUUUAACGAGAAACAAUACCACUGUCCUUUUUAGAUAACGCGCUUUCUUGCCGCAACGCAAACUGCGGUUGGUGUUGUGGUUGGACUGGACCCGAAUAAGAAUCACUUACCCUAUAAUAUUCUGAUGACAUUCUUCUGAUGUGGUAAGACACCACUAUAUGAAGGCUGAAUCCUGUUUUGCCUUUUAUGUAUACAUAGCUAUGUGUAUAUAGCUAUCAUUACUCCCAAGUAAUCGUCAAAUAGUUGGUUCUGAAGUUUUACAUACACGAUAUUUACGGAAAUCCGUGUGUAUGCAUACAUUUUACUAGUAAGACCCAUUAUAUUUGGCAAAAACUUACCAGUAACAAUUACACAACUCGGUCUUAGUUUUUGGCAAUAUAUCUCAUCGGUUCAUGUAGUUUUUAUUGACCAGACCGCAAUGAGAUGCCUGUUUGCCUGAAAGGGUGACCGUCAUAGACAGCAAUUUCUUAUAGAUUAUUUGUUGGUUAUGGGACUCGGUCAACGAAAGUAAGACGUUUAUCAAACCAACAAUCGUGUGUACAUUAGUCCGGUAGACGAAAUAUAACUUUUCAUAAAAUAGUGAUGUAUUGAAGAUACUAAUAAAAAUGUCCUUAAGCCUUGAGUGCCAGUGCAAGAAUGUUCACAUCAAAUAUUUGGAAACAUCGAUGAGCUUACGUCACUCAAAAAAAUAAGGCUAAAACGAAAACAGGUGGCAUAUUUUUCCUAUAUAAGCGAUCAAAAGUUCCUUUUUUCGCUUUCAUGAUUCUGAAUCGUAAGAGUCCGACAUUGAAUCAAAUUGAGUUAGUGACUGCAAGUUUACAGCUUCAGCUGCACUGUCCUUUUCUUUUAUAUAAGACUUCGAAAGGGGAUAUAUUCUCCAUCUGGUUCUUCUCUGGUUCAGAUUGUGAACGCAUCGCGGAAAAACUUGGCAAACUUGUUCACGACGUUGGUGGCUUAGGACUAAAGAUAGCUCCUACAAGCCAAUCCACAAAUUCCAAAUCUAAAUCUUCCAAUUCUGUGAUGAAUUCUAUAGUGGCUGCUCCUAAAUCUCCGGAAACAGUUACUAAAGGAUUAAAUCAGUUAAUGGAUUUCGUUCGUGCGUCCAAUGAAAAUUCCAAGGCAAACUCUUCAAACCCAUCCAAAGUUAAUGACAAUGUAUCUAAUCAUUCCGAAGGACCAAGUAUAUUUGACAUGUUACACAAGGCAGAAGCCGAUUUUAAUUCAGGAAGUAAUCGAAGCGUAUCACAAUCAGACAUAACCGUCAAAAAUGAACUACAACGUUUUCGUACAGCUUGCAAUCUUCCAGUUUCAAAUGGAAAUAAUUCAUUCGGCAAUCAUUCUGGACCAGGUGCUAGCGGAGUUUCAAGUAGUAAGAAGAAUAAACUGAGUUGUGGGUCAUCUCAGAUUGUCAAUCAUAUUUCUGUUGCUGAACUUGAAGAACAAUUACUUCAGGAGCAUAUAUCUCUUCCUGAAAACGUUGAUGGGCUAACAUCACGUUCAAAGAUAUCCGGUGAUUUAAAAACAGUUGUCGCUACAGACGAUAGUUCUCCAGAUGACCAGGUGUUAUCACAUGUGUCAGUCAUGGAGUCUUCUGCAUGCUACCUUGAAGGACAUAAAGAUACUCGUGUUGAUCGAAAUCGCCGCCUUCUUAGUGAUGAUGCUGGUUAUGUGGAUGAUGUUGAUGAUGAGGAAGCAUGCGAAGACCCUUGUGGUCGUGGUUUACCCAAAAGCUAUGGAGUUGGCCAACGUAAACAACGACGGCAUAUCCGUCAGCAACAAGAAAAUUUUUCAGAUGAAAUACAUUCACCAUCUAAUCGGUCGGUUAAUCGAAACAAACUCUCGAAUAUCACUCCCAAGUGUAAAACGAUUAUAGGAGAAGACACACUCGUUACACCUGACAUGUUAACCAGCAUCCCAUCAUCGAUUUUCCCCGGAUUAAUGUCCGAAUUUAAUUAUGGUAAACAUACUGUAUCGAGCCCUUUUUCAGAAAAUAAAGCCCCCAUCUCGACAACAGAAAAAUCCGCGAUGAAUGAAUAUCUUACGAAAGAUCAACUAAGAGAAACAUUAAUUCAUUUAUUACAAACAGAUGAUGAUUUCUUACAUCGUAUACAUAUUGGUUAUGUUAAUGCAUUAGAAAAACGAUUGCCCAGAAAUUUUAGUUGCAUCAAUAGAGAAAAGAUAUACAUUGAUUAAUUAACUAAUCAGCCAACUGUAUGUAUUAUGUCAAAAUUAGAUUAUGUUAAUUAUAUUUAAUCAAUUUAUACACUUAUUGCAUAAAAAAGGAAGAAGGGGACAAAUGAGACAUGCUCUGUUCAAUUUUGUCAUUGUUUCUUUUCUGGUUGUUUUUAUUUCAGUAUAAAUUUGAACAUUUCGUUUUUUUUUUUGUUAGUGAUAUCUAUCAUCCAUCGACGGUUGUAAUUUUCAAGCAUUUAUUAUUCUAUACGUUUAUCUUAUGUAAAAAUAAGCCCAUAUACAUGAACAUACAUAUUGUCUAUAUCUUAUUAUUCAUGUGAAAAUACGUCAUAUAUGAAACGUUUUUCUAUUGUUAUCAAUAAAUAAAUAGUUGGUUUUCUUUUUCAGGAUUUCUACAGAUAGUAUCUUUUAUCUACCAAUUUCCCAUAUGUUGUAAUGUAUGUUUGUUGGUUCUUCCUCUGCAAUAUUGUAUUCAAGAAAAAUAUUUAUCCGAAUAAAAUUGAAGUCAGAAGACCUACU